AUGUUGUAAAAAGAAGAUUCAAUAAAAAAGUAAUCUUGUGUUAGGUUUUAGAUAAAUUAUUGUACAUAAUUUGGUUAAUCAGUUUACAUAUUAGGAAAUAUACGUUCCUUAGGAAAUUGGUAAAUAUAAACAGGAUUAAGAAUGGAAUGGAAUAAUAAUUGCUUAGAAAUUAAUGAUAAUGAUUUCUGUAUAUCAUUCACCAUAGAUUAAAUUGACGAUAAUAUUUUUAUUGGACCUUAUCCUUAAAGUGAAGAAGAUAUAAAAUAAUUAAAAAAUAGAGGCAUUAAAGCUGUCCUGAAUCUUUAAACAUAUAAAGACAUGGUUUUAAAAGGAAUAAAAUACGUAGAAAUACUUAAAUUCUAUAAAAAAUAACAAAUAAAUCCUUUCAAUUUUCCUAUAAUAGAUAUGGAUAUAAUUGACAUGUGUUAUAAACUAAAAAAUGUUUCUCGUUUAUUAAAUUUUUUAGUUGAACAAUAUAAAAAAGUUUAUGUUCAUUGUACGGCUGGUAUUUUUAGAUCUUCGUAAUCUAUUAUUGGAUAUUACACUUUUUAUAAAAAGUUUAAGUUUUCUUAUGCUUUUAAACUAUUAUAAAAAUAACAUCCGAUUUCAGUUGUUAGUAGAGAAUAUAUUGAAAUGGUUAUGAAUAGUAAACCAGUAUAAAUGGCUAAUUCAUAAGAAGAUUUAGGGGUUUAAGAUAAAGAUAAAUAUAAAAAUAAUUUAAUGUCACCAUAAGAACCACUAAGCUUAUUUAAAUAUUGA